AUGAAACCGCCGUCAUUCAAAGGAGGGAUAGAACCAAUGCAAGCCGAGGCAUGGGUGUUGGGCAUAGAAAAAUUAUUCGAAGUUUUCCCUUGCACCGAAGCCCAAAAAGUUCAACUGGCUGCUUUCACUCUUGAGGAUGAGGCACGGAGAUGGUGGAUGCUUACGAGAACUAUACAUCCAGGAUUAGCAUGGGGCAGAUUCUUGGAGUUAUUUUAUGAUAAGUACUUUUCCCAAAGCAUACGAGACAAAAAGGUGACCGAAUUUGAGACUCUUCGACAAGGAAACAAGACCGUUGCUGAAUAUGAAGCUCAAUUUGCAGAACUAGCACAGUUUGCACCUCACAUGGUGGACACAGAUUACAAGAAGGCGCGCAAGUUUCAAGGAGGCUUAUGGAGCGCUAUACUGGACAAGGUUAACAUGUUGAAGCUACCCACUUAUGUUGAUGUGUUGGAGAGAGCUGUCAUAGCAGAAGGAAACCUUGCUACUCAGAACUGA